AUGCAGCCAUCUUACUCUGUGUAUCUGAACUGCAGGGAUGCAUUGGCGGUGAAGGACGCGGCAGCGUCAAAUCCGGACCUGGCGAUGGUGGACACCGUGGUCGAUGUUACCGAGGUGGCAAAGACCGUCGAGUCCAUCACGGGCGACCUCGAGCACAGGUACCUUGACAAGACGGCGGACUUCGGUGGGUCUGGCAACGCUUGGCUCCCGAAAUUCCUGCAGCUGUAUGGGAAGAAGUCGGGCCAGACGGUCAAAGUGCGGGGCGCGGAUUCGGAGGCCCGCCCGGUCAACCACUCGUACAUCCUGCGCGAGAGGAAGCUGAAGGACCACAAGUACAAGAGCGGCUACAAGGCGUGCGUGAAGCUGUGCCGCAAGUUCGCAAAGGACGUCGUCGACCGUCUCCUGUUUCGCCUGGACGACCUGCGAGAGAUGGGUCCAACUAAGCUAUUUCGCGCGUCAAAGUGGCCGAAAAGCAAGCACGCGCGAGACCGCAAGUGCCAGGACUGGCUGACAGGCUGCAGCGCCCUGUUCAAGAACAAGCUCCCUGGGUUUGAUCUCAAGAAAGCCUCGCAGGAGCUGGCGACCUGGUGCCCAAUCAUGGAGGCGCACCACGAGGGUGAGUCAUUUGCGCAGGGACUGGCGAACUUCAUGGGGAGCGGCGAUGCCAACAGGUAG